AUGAAACCAUCAAAGAAUAACAAUGUUAAAGGAAGUGAGAAAAAACAGCCACUGAGUGUAAAAAAGAAUAACGAGAAUAAUAAAAAUAAUUUUAAAAAAGAUAAUAAUCAAUCAAAUCAAGUUAAAGAUAAUAUUAAUAGCAAAAAACAAAGUUUAAAAAAGAAUAAUAAUAAUAGUAGUAGUAAUAGUAAACCAAAGAGUGCUCAUAAUAAUAUUUAUUCAAAUAAAUCAUAUAAAGAAAAUAAAAAAGUCGAUAAAAGAAAUGAUACAAGAACAACAGCACCACCAAAGAAAGAAAUUAAGAAAAUAGAUACAACCGUAGAAGAUAACGAAAAGAGAAGCUUAUGGAAUCCAAAACCAUUUGGAGAUAGUGUUGAUACCAGUUCAAUAUCUGAUAGCGCCAACAAAGAUGAAUCAUCGAAAGCAUUUGAAAAGUUGGAUAAACAUUUGAGAGGUAGUAGAUUUAGAUAUCUCAAUGAAAUAUUAUAUACAAGUGAGAGUGAUAAAGCUUUUGAUGAGUUCAAGAGUGAUCCAACUUUAUUCGACCAGUAUCAUACAGGAUUUGCAGCACAGGUUGAACAUUGGCCAAUCAAUCCAUUGGAUUUGAUUAUUCAAGAUUUACAGAAACUUACUCAGAAGAAUCUGGUGAUUGCCGAUUUCGGAUGUGGUGAGGCAAGACUUGCAGAGUCAUUGGAAUCAAAGUUUAAGGUUCACUCGUUUGACUUGGUUGCAAAGAACGAGAGAGUGGUUGCUUGUGAUGUCAAGAAUGUACCAUUGCCAGACAAAUCCGUUGACAUUGUAGUAUUCUGUCUGUCUUUGAUGGGAACCAAUUUCUUGGACUUUAUCGUAGAGGCUAACCGUGUUUUGAAACCCAACGGAAAGUUAAUGAUUGCAGAGAUCGAAUCGAGAAUAACCGAUAAUGAUUUAUUUGUUAAUGAAAUUUCAAACCUACAAUUCAAAUUAUCAAACAAAGUUGCAGAUAUCCACAAGAAGAAUCAGAAAAACAAUAAUGAUAGAAAUAUAGAUUCAUCAGCUAUUUUAAAACCAUGUUUAUAUAAGAAGAGAUAG